AUGGCGGCCGUGACAUGUGAAUUAAAGUGGUUGAAACAACUACUACGCGAUUUGGGUGUGCAACAUUCGCAGGGUAUGAAAUUACUUUGCGAUAGUCAGUUAGCUUUGUUCAUAGCUCAAAAUCCGCAACCUGGGCUCUCUCCAAUAUUAGAAUUUGAUAUUUGUUUCAGCAGAACAGAAAAAACGGCUGCUAAUCUCUCUCUUACAUACUUCCGCUCCCCACCUUCUUCUGAUUUUUAUCCUAUUAAUUUAAAUUCAUCUUGUCCUCCCAAAUUCUCCAAACACAUCAACAGUCACAGCCGCCAACUGCGCCAUUACCCCACUUCAUUAUAUUCUGUUAGUAGAAAUCAGCGACAAAUUUCUCCAAUUUUUAACAAAUUUGAGCCUGAGCCUGACUCAGAAGAUGAAGAUGAAGAUGAAGUGCAAAGUACAGGAGUUAAAGCUGCGUUAUCAAUGCUCAAAUUCUAUAAAAGAGAGAUAUCGCCAUUGUUGCCAAAGAGUUGCCGUUAUGUACCAUCAUGUAGUGAAUAUUCGAUGAUUGCUUACAAGAAAUAUGGAGUUGCUAAGGGCACUAUAUUGACUGCUUGGCGCCUUUGUCGUUGCAAUCCGCUAGGUGGCUCAGGCUUUGAUCCUCCAAGAUGGUUUGGCGAGGAAAGGGUAUCUGAGUCAUCAGAGGAGUGAGAAUUUUCCACGAUCUUCAUCCAAUAUAGGUAUGUAAUAAAAAAAAGCUUGAACUGUGGAUAUUGAGGCAUGUAUCCCUUUGAAUCUAUUGUUACUCAGACUUGGGUACUCAUGUCCGACACAAGUAAGUGUCUAAGUUUCCGACUCGGCUAUUUUGUGAAAAAUUUAUGUGAUUUUGAAGUGUGCAAGUGUCAUACCCAUGUUUAAGUGUCUAGGGUCCGACACAGGUACUUGAGGUAAAUUAAAGAGUCCGAGUAACACAGCUUUAAAUUAAAGGAGAAUACUUAAAAAGACAAGGUUUAGUGAGGGGCAUUUCUUUUUUUAAUUGAAUAUAGUCAGUUAUUAAAAUUUCAAUUUAUAGGUUAGAAUCUUACAACUUUACGAUUUAUGAUUCUACCCGAUUUUACAUAUUUCUCUUAACUUGUAAAAUUUUUACAAGUUUAAAACAUGCCUACAAAGCUAUCUAUACUAAUAUAUUAAAAGACAUUUUUAAAAACAUCGAUGGCCACGUAGUCCCUUUUUUACUGCGCCAUGUCACCUUCCAAACAUUUCAUGACGCCACAUCAUAAUUCAAACAAUCUUAACUAUUACGCCAUGUCACCUAAGAAACCAAUAUUAUUUCAUAUAAAAACAUAAGGAUAAGGAGAUUCGACUCCUCAACCUUUUAUAACAAACAUAAGUGUUUAACCAUCUAAGCUAAUUAUCAAUUAUGUUAUUCAUAUGUAAAAUUUUUUAUAUAAAUGCAAACCACAAGGUUAAAUUAAAAAAAAAAACUCAAAGAAGGGUUAUUCAUCUCUAGUCCACCACAAGAAGAGUUGCAUCAAGAAUUUGAACAAGAGAAUAUGGGUGAACCACCUAGAAUUGCAUUGAAGGAGAUAGGCAUCCCGGGUGCUUGACAGGUUCUAGUCGUAUCACCUGAUCAAAAAUAAUUCCUAAUUCCUCUAACUAAAGCAUAUAAGGAAGUAGGGUUGAAUCCACAUGGAAGCAAUGUUCUCUAUUUCUAAUAAAUUAAUAUAAUAUAUUAAUAACCAGAGUGAUUUUAUAUGAAUUAUACUAAAGUAACUAAUUAAACUAACGCGAUUAAGAAUUAUAAGAAUACCAAUAAAUCAAAGCUGAGGGUAUAUGUUCACCAAUAAAUAAUACUUCGGGAUGAAAGACAACAAUAAAUUCUCAAUGCAUCAAUUCAUCAGAUCAUAAAAAGCUUUCGCUACGUAUCACAAUCACAAAAUUAAUCUAGUGGUAUUAAAUCGCAUCUCUCGAAUCUUGAUUUAACCAUUUAAAAAUUAAUCUGCCUCUUGAACUAGGAAAAAUUGCAAAUAAUAAUACAACAUUUGGCCCGUUCUUUUUUAAUAAUGCAACCUUUGGAUUAUACUCCCUCUCUCCCUAUUUUUUUUGCCCCGUUUGAUAUAGCACGGUCUCCAAGACGCGUCUUAAAAUGUCUAUAUCUUUAUUUCAAUACACGUAAAAUUAUAAAAACGUAAUAUUAAUAAAGUAUACAAUGAGACGAAUCUAACAAGACCACUCAUGACUAUAUUAUCUUUUAUUGAUUAACGGUAAUUUAUGCUCAAAGUUUUUAAAGUUUGACCCAAGAAAUGGCAAUGGGGCAAAAAUAAAAGGACGGAGGGAGUACAUGAAUAUUACAACCUUUGAGGGGUGUUCAUUUUAAAUAGGCAAAAACCGGUUAGUUACCUGUUUUACUGGUUACCUUGACACGUGUCAUCAUUUAAUUGGUUUUGUUAAUUUAAUUUAACUUUUAAAAAU